UUGCAUUUCUCCAGCUGUUUGCCUGUCGGUGUUUUCAGCCACAAUGAAAAUUGCGGAUUUUGCAGGAAAGGACAGCUUUUCGCGGUUGUAGCGUAAGAAGAAUCAGUUAAUGGCGGAAUGCAGUUCAUUUAGACAAGUUCUGUCUUUUAUUAUCAAAUUCUACGCAGCACUGAUGUGUUCGUGAUGUAACAACGACAAGCCAAACCUAGUCUGCCAAGUGACUUAAAACGCUGAACACCAUGAAACCGAUGCGUCUCCUGUUAACUUUGAACUCAGCGCAACGUCAGUAUUCAAAAUCCUUCCAUCACAGCUCCCACAGGCUGAGUGCCACAAUUUUAGAUGGAAGAAAACACGCAGAUAAAAUUCUGGGCCAGUUGAAGAAUGAAGUGAACCAGUGGAUCGAUCAGGGCCACAAAAGACCAAACUUGACUGCAUUGCUUGUUGGAGAGAAUCCAGCAAGCAAUAUUUAUGUGAGGAAGAAGAUGCAAGCUGCAAGCCUAGUGGGAAUCAAAAGCAACACCAUUAAACUACCCUUGGAAACGACUGAAAGUGAUCUUUUAGAAAUAAUUUCAAGCUUAAACAAUAGCCCCAGUAUCGAUGGUAUUCUAGUUCAGCUUCCUCUGCCUGGGCAUAUUUCCGAAAGGAUGGUGUGCAACGCCAUUGACCCUUCCAAAGACGUGGAUGGGUUUCAUAGUUUGAAUAUGGGUCGUAUGUGCUUAGGAAUCGAUACCUUUGUGCCCUGCACUGCACUCGCUGUUGUUGAGCUAAUAAAACUAUCAGGCAUUGAAACAAAAGGCCGGAGAGCCGUCGUUUGCGGGAGGUCGAAAAACGUUGGCAUGCCAAUUGCUGUUUUGCUGCAUUCUGACUCCACGUAUGAGCUUGGAGGAAUGGACGCAACAGUCACAUAUUGCCACCGUUACACCCCAUUUCAAGACUUGCUGCAUUUUACUAGGAAUGCAGAUAUUUUGGUCUCAUGUACAGGUAUUCCUAAGCUAAUAACCGCGCACAUGGUAAAGCCAGGCGCGUGUGUCAUUGACGUUGGCUUGAAUCGGACAGUCGAUCCAGUCACAAAGAAAACCAAAAUAUCCGGCGAUGUUGAUUUCAGCGGUGUUGCUGAAGUUGCUAGCUUUUUAACGCCGGUGCCAGGAGGAGUGGGCCCAAUGACGGUGGCCAUGCUCAUGAGAAACACUUUUCUGGCAUGCAAAAGGAUUUACAGUAUCAACCAGGCUGUAUAGAGAUCUCUAAAUGAGAUUUAAUGG